AUGUCAUGGUUACUCCAACUGAAAGAGGACAUCAAAAGGAUACAGGAUGCUGGGGGUGUGGCCUCCAGACAAUCAGCGUCAGCGCAGGUGGACGACGGAGCACAAGGAAGCUGCGACGCAGAACGUAAAGAGGAUGGAGGGAAUCUUUAUAGUUACCAGAACAACCCUCACCUGUCCCCCUUCCAAGAAUCCCCGGAACGCCAGCCGAAACGCACAGUGAAAAAACCCCACUGCUGCUCAGACUGUGGCAAAAGCUUCAGUCACAAAAGUCAUUUGACUGUCCAUCAGCACACGCACACCGGAGAGAAGCCUUACCACUGUACGCAGUGCGAGAACAGUUUCUACUGCUCAUCUUAUCUGAUAUCACACAUGCGAACGCACACCGGUGAAAAGCCCUACCGCUGCUCCGACUGUGGGAAGAGGUUUGGCCAAUCGAACGCCCUGAAGCUACACCGCAUGCGAAGGCACACCGGUGAGCUGCCAUUCUCUUGUUUGGAUUGUCCGAAACGUUUCGUCACGUCGGCACACUUGAAAUCCCACCAGAGAGUCCACACGGGAGAGAAGCCCUACCACUGCUCGGACUGCGGGAAGAAUUUCUCCCACUCGAGCGCCCUGAGACUCCACCAGAAAACCCACAGUGGAGAGAAACCUUUCAUCUGCGAAUGUGGAAAGAGCUUCAUUAACUGGGCCCACUUAAACUCCCAUCAAAGAUCCCACACCGGUGAGAAGCCUUACUGUUGCGAGCAGUGUGGCAAGUGCUUCUCUGAAUCCGGCACCCUGUCAAAUCAUCAGAGAACUCAUACUGGGGAGAAGCCUUACAGCUGUGAUCAGUGUGGGGAGAGGUUCGCUCAGUCGGGAUCUCUGACAAUCCACCAGAGGACACACACAGGAGAGAAGCCCUACGCCUGCGAUCAGUGUGAGAAGAGGUUCAUUACCUCUAGCCACCUGAGACGCCACCAGAGGACUCACACUGGAGAGAAGCCUCACCUCUGUGAUGAAUGUGGCAAGAGCUUCACGCGGGCCGGAGCACUGGCGAGCCACCGCAAAACACACACCGGAGAGAAACCCUACAGCUGUGAUCUGUGCGGGAAGAGUUUUGUUCAGUCUGGGCAACUGACGAGCCACCAGCGCACACACACAGGAGCCAAGCCGUAUGGCUGCGAUCAGUGUAGUGAAAGAUUCACUCAAUCAGCCACCCUGGCCAAUCAUCAACGAACACACACGGGAGAGAAGCCCUACGGUUGUAAUCUAUGCGAGAAGAGCUUCGCUCAGUCGGGCACCUAA